AUGUAUACAGCCCUAAUAAGAUCCAAACUAGACUACGGAUGUCAGGUGUACGAUUCGGCCUCGGACAACGCUCUAAAACCAUUAGACUCUAUACAACAUCAAGCACUAAAAGUAGCCUUAGGAGCUGUCCGCAAUACACCAUCACUUAGUUUAUUAGCUGAAAGUGGGGAAUUACCACUUAAAUUAAGACGAGAAAAACUUAUUCUUAAAUAUUGGGCGCGAACACAAGUCAUGGGACCCUCUUUUCCCCCGUGUAAGAUAGUGAAAAACACAGAGAACAAAGCAUACAGAAACAAACUAAACAAACAUCAAAAACCACCAUACAUGUUUAGAAUACACGAGGCACUAAAAGAACACAAACUGGAUAAAAUUAAAAUAGAAGAGUAUCUGCCAAACCCGACACCUCCAUGGCUUCUAAAACAACCGGAAGUCAACAUCGAUAUUUUAAAUACAGUCAACAAAAAGGAAAACCCUAUAGCUGCAAAACAUUUGUCUUUAGACAUAAUAUCUAAAUUCGAGAAAAGAGAACACUAUUACACCGACGGAUCGAAAAAUCCAGAUAAUAAUAGAGCAGGUUUUGGAAUCUUCUGCCCUCAAAAUUCUACAGAACUUUCAAUUCGGAUUAGCGAUAACUGUUCAGUAUAUAGCAGCGAAAUUAUUGCCAUAGGAUUAGCACUCCGCAUCAUAACAGUAAAUAAACCGAAAAACGGAGCUGUAAUCCUUUCAGACAGUCUAUCCUCUUUAAUAUCCAUCUCAACCGGAAACGGAACCAGAAACACAGUUCUAACAUCUAUUCAAAAUUCAAUAAACCAGUUGUCAAUAGCUAAAAUACCCGUCACGCUCAUGUAUGUCCCGGCACACGUGGGAAUACCGGGUAAUGAUAAAGCAGAUCAGUUAGCAAAAAACGCGCUUCACUUGACCGAAAUUACACAACCAGUCAGUCUUACUAAAGAAGAAACGUAUUCGCUAAUUAACAAAUCGAUACAAAAAAAAUGGGACGAUAUUUGGCUCAACUCAGACCCCAAUCAACCACUAAGGAAAAUACAAGACAAACCAUCCAAAAAAGCCAUCUUAUAUAGCGAAAACAAAACAGAAGACAAAAUUAUAACAAAAUUAAGAUUAGGCUACACCAAAUUAAAAGAAAACAUCAACAAAAUGAUAAAAAAUACAUCACCAAAUUGUACACACUGUAACGCAUUAGAAACAAUCAGCCAUGUGUUUACAGAAUGCCAAUUUCACUCAACGGCAAGAAAUAAUUGGAAAAAACAACUCAAAAAAGAAAAACUAGAUGAUAAAACACUAAUUGAACUAAUAAGACUGGCAAGCAAAAAUCAAGUAGCACGUAACUUAAUCAUCUCCUUUAUCCGCGAAAUCGGCUACAUAGACAAAAUCUAA